AUGGCUGACCUCGAUCCAUCAACAGAAGCCAAGACGGGGGCGAACCUAUUAGACACUUCGGAUGCAUUAACUCCAGAUCCAGGCACCGAAGACAUGUUUAGAACUGAACAGAACAAAUUCGCUUUUAGUCCAGGACAACUUUCCAAACUAUUUAACCCCAAGAGCCUCAACGCGUUUUAUGCCCUUGGGGGGCUCAACGGUAUAGAAAAGGGGCUGCGGACUGAUCGCAGUGCAGGUCUUGGCAUCGAUGAGUCGACAUUAGACGGCAAGGUUAACUUUCACGAUGUCGCGCCCAAGGGAACACCGAUACAUGGCACCGCUGGCGAUUCUAUACCCGAGAGCAAUGCUGAAGCGGCGGUAAACAUACCCCCUCCAGACGACCCGAAUCCUGCCGGCCCCUUUUGCGAUCGGAAGAAGAUAUUCAGAGACAACGUACUUCCCGAGAAAAAGUCCAAAUCCUUACUCGAAAUUGCCUGGACCACCUACAACGACAAGGUUCUCAUUCUCCUAACCAUUGCUGCUGUGGUGUCGCUAGCCCUUGGCUUGUACCAAACCUUUGGUGGUGAUCAUAAAUCAGGGGAGCCAAAGGUUGAGUGGGUCGAAGGCGUGGCGAUUAUUGUCGCCAUCGUCAUUGUUGUGCUUGUCGGUACAAUCAACGACUGGCAUAUGCAACGGCAGUUCACCCGCCUUACAAAGAAAAACAACGACCGUAUGAUCAGCGUGAUUCGCUCCGGAAAAUCCCAGGAAAUUCCAAUCAAUGAUAUAAUGGUUGGCGACGUUAUGCAUCUAGUUACUGGAGACAUCGUGCCCGUAGAUGGUAUCUUUAUCCAAGGCAACGCUGUCAAGUGCGACGAGUCCUCAGCUACUGGAGAAUCCGAUCUCUUACGAAAAACUCCAGCUGCUGACGUUUUUGACGCGAUGCAAAAGCCAAACACCAGUGAUGUUGAGAAGCUUGACCCUUUUAUAAUCUCGGGAAGCAAGGUCAACGAGGGCAACGGAACCUUUCUCGUUACUGCCGUGGGUGUCAAUUCUAGCUACGGUCGCAUUUCAAUGGCCCUUCGAACCGAGCAGGAGGAUACACCACUCCAGAGAAAACUAAAUAUCCUGGCAGAUUGGAUUGCAAAGGUCGGUGCUGGUGCAGCUCUACUGCUCUUCAUUGUGCUUUUCAUCAAGUUCUGCGCCAAGCUCCGAAACAACCGUGGCUCUCCUUCUGAAAAGGGUCAGGAUUUUAUGAAGAUUUUCAUCGUCUCCGUCACUGUAGUUGUUGUGGCAGUCCCCGAAGGAUUGCCCUUGGCAGUGACACUUGCACUGAGCUUUGCGACGGUCAAAAUGCUUCGUGAUAACAAUCUUGUGCGAAUUCUCAAAGCUUGCGAAACAAUGGGAAAUGCCACAACUGUUUGUUCCGACAAGACUGGUACACUGACCCAGAACAGGAUGACUGUCGUUGCCGUCACUCUUGGAAAAAUUACGAGCUUCGGUGGUACUGAUGCGCCUAUGGACAAGUCGAUAAAAGUCGACAGGGAGCCAAUCACCGUACCCAAUGUUUCAGAACCUGAAUUUACGAAUGGACUAAGUCAGGAAGUCAAAGACCUCCUCAUUCAUUCCAACGUCCUAAACUCAACUGCAUUUGAAGGUGAACAAGAUGGACAAAAGACAUUCAUCGGAUCCAAGACUGAGGUUGCUUUACUGACCCACUGCCGAGACCGUCUCGGAUCGGUUCCUGUUGAAGAGGUUCGAUCGACUGCGGACGUUGUACAAACCGUCCCUUUUGACAGCAAAUACAAGUAUAGUGCUGUCGUUGUAAAGCUGACAGAUGGAAGAUACCGAGCAUUUGUGAAGGGUGCUUCGGAGAUCCUCCUGAGCAAAUGUACCAAAGUCCUCGAAAACACACCUCAGGGGGACCUCAUAUCGACCCCCCUGACAGAUACCGAGCGAGACAUGUACAACUUGAUUAUCAGUUCAUACGCAGCACAAACCCUCCGAACCAUUGGUUCUUCGUAUCGAGAUUUUGAAGCGUGGCCACCUGAAGAGUCCGCUUCCCCAGAGAACCCACGAUACGCAGACUUCAAUGCCGUACAUCGAGACAUGACAUUGAUCAGUAUUUACGGUAUCAAAGAUCCGUUGAGACCGACCGUCAUCAGUGCCCUCGAAGACUGCCGUCGAGCCGGCGUAUUGGUGAGGAUGGUUACAGGUGAUAACAUUCAGACAGCCUGUGCUAUUGCUUCUGAAUGCGGCAUCUUUAGGCCUGACGAAGGCGGUAUUGCAAUGGAGGGCCCAGACUUCCGAAGACUUCCGCCUAGAGAGCUCAAAGAUAAAGUGAGGCAUCUUCAGGUUCUUGCCCGUUCCAGUCCUGAGGAUAAACGCAUUCUGGUCCGUACCCUUAAAGAGCUUGGGGAGACGGUUGCUGUGACUGGUGAUGGAACGAACGAUGCUCCCGCUUUGAAGAUGGCUGAUAUCGGAUUUUCCAUGGGUAUUGCUGGGACUGAAGUAGCCAAGGAAGCAUCAUCAAUUAUUCUUCUUGAUGAUAAUUUCGCUUCUAUCGUAAAGGGCUUGAUGUGGGGUCGUGCUGUCAACGAUUCCGUCAAGAAGUUCCUCCAGGCAGCUGUGGUAUUAACAUUUGUAUCAGCUGUCGCAAGCAGCACACAGGAGUCUGUCCUCAAUGCCGUUCAGCUUCUUUGGGUCAAUCUGAUCAUGGAUACCUUCGCAGCACUUGCACUUGCGACAGAUCCUCCUACUCGUAGUGUACUUGACCGAAAGCCGGAUCGAAAGUCUGCACCUCUCAUCACAUUGAGAAUGGCCAAGAUGAUUAUAGGCCAAGCUAUUUGUCAACUUGCCAUCACGUUUGUGCUGAACUUUGGUGGCAAGAAACUUCUGGGCUGGUACGAUAACUCUGAAAAGGAUGCUAAAGAGCUAAAGACACUUGUAUUCAACACAUUUGUUUGGCUGCAAAUAUUCAACGAAAUCAACAAUCGUCGUCUUGAUAACAAGCUCAAUAUCUUCGAGGGUCUUCAUCGCAAUAUGUUUUUCAUCGUCAUUAAUCUCAUCAUGAUCGGAGGCCAAGUCCUUAUUAUAUUUGUUGGAAGUGAUGCCUUUGAGAUUGUUCGCUUGAGCGGGAAAGAAUGGGGAUUGUCGAUCGGCCUAGGAGCAAUAUCUAUUCCUUGGGGUGCAGCCAUCAGGCUCUGCCCUGAUGAGUGGAUUGCUGCUUGCCUCCCAGGUUUCCUCCACACAAAAUGGAUCUCCCCCCCAGAGGCAGAUCUUGCUGCUGAAAAGCCACUGGAUUCAGACGAUGAGUUUGUGCGACCACCACUACGUGUCAUGAGUUCUCUUCGAGGGCCGCGUGUACAACAGCACAUCGGAUUCAGGGAAAGAAUGCAUAGAUAUAAGGAGAAUACCAAGGAAAAGGCGCAGGGGGAGACAAACGCCCAACCAGCCAAGUCAGGGGCAGUUGUUGGUCAUGUUGCUGAAGGGGGUAACUCCUAG